CUCGGCUGCGCAACAGAAGUGCGCUGUUAAUUGUUUGUAGCAUAGAAUACAAAUUGUUCUUGAAUUUGUGCAAAUAAACAAACAAAAGUUGAAAAUUCUAUUAAAUAGUGCAUCUGCAUAGUGAGGAGUGAGUGUGUGUGUAGUAACGGAAAUACUAGCUAUGCAAAAACAACAACAAUGCGCAUGGUUUUUGCGCUUUCCUUCGCUCCAGCGAGUGUUGUUGUUGCUCGUAGCAUCACUGUUACUGCAAGGAGCCGACAGUACACAAAAAGCUACUGAAGACUUGGCCGAAACUGUUGCAGAUACGGCGGAACAAAAUUUGAAUGAUAAAAUCAAAGUCUUUACGGUGGCCACCGAACCCACAGAUGGCUAUGCCCGUUACCUCCGCUCCGCACGCGUCUACGACAUUGAGGUAGUAACUCUGGGCAUGGGGGAAGAGUGGAAGGGUGGAGAUAUGUCUCGCGCCGGUGGAGGUUUCAAAAUAAAUCUGUUGCGUGAAGCUAUAAAGCCUUUCAUUGAUUCCCCAGACACCAUUAUUCUCUUUUCGGACAGUUACGAUGUGAUAAUUACGGCCACCCUCGAUGAAAUUGUGGAGAAAUUUAAGGAAUCUGGCGCAAAAUUACUCUUCUCUGCAGAGAAAUAUUGCUGGCCCGAUAGCAGUCUGACUGACCAGUAUCCAGAAGUUGAGGGUAAAGCCUCGCGGUUCCUGAACUCUGGCGCCUUCAUUGGCUAUGCACCGCAGGUGAACGCAUUGCUGGAGGAGCCCAUCAGCGACACACAGGACGAUCAACUCUACUACACCAAAGUGUUCCUGGAUGAGGCCAAACGUGCAAAGCUGGGCAUGAAACUGGAUACGGAAUCGCGUCUCUUCCAGAAUUUGCACGGCGCCAAGGAUGAUGUGAAGUUGAAUGUCGAUCUGGAUACCAAUCAGGGUACGCUGCAGAACAUAAAUUUCAUGACCACGCCCAGCAUUGUGCACGGCAAUGGACUAAGCAAGAUCGAUUUGAAUGCCUAUGGCAAUUAUUUGGCCAAAACAUUCAACGGCGUCUGCACAUACUGCUUGGAAUAUCAAUUGGAAGUGGAUGAGAAAAAACUGCCCAUUAUCAGCUUAGCUGUGAUUGUGCCACAGGCAGUUCCCUUCUUCGAUUUGUGUUUGGCCGGAAUUGAAAAGAUAAACUACCCCAAGGAUCAUUUGCAUCUGUUCAUCUACAGUGCUGCUGAGUUGCACGAUGGCCAGGUGAAGUCGUAUAUCCAUAAAUAUGGUGAACAAUAUGUCAGUGCGAAGAUAGUAAUUUCCGAGGAUCAAUUGGAUGAACGACGUGGUCGACAAUUGGCUCUCGAGCAAGCUAAACGGCACAACAGCGAUUACAUUUUCUUCGUGGAUGGUGAUGCGAUUAUCGAUGAGGCAGAAGUCUUGCGAGAACUCCUCAAACUGAACAAGCGUUUUAUUGCUCCGCUCUUCUCCAGAUACAGUGAGCUCUGGAGCAAUUUCUGGGGCGCGCUCUCAGACGGCGGCUAUUAUGCACGUUCCCAUGAUUAUGUGGAUAUUGUGAAACGCGAUAUUCUCGGCAUGUGGAAUGUGCCCCAUGUGACGAGCAUUUAUUUGAUCAAGCAUGAUGCCUUCGAUGCAAUCAACUUCGAGCAUAGCCAGUUUGACCCAGAUAUGGCAAUGUGCGAUUCCCUGAGAAAAGCAGGCAUCUUUAUGUAUGUCGGCAACCAGGAUUACUUCGGUCAUCUCGUCAAUUUGGAUAACUUCAACAGCACUGUGGUCCGCCCCGAUUUUCAUACGUUGUUCACCAAUCGUUUUGACUGGACCAAGAAGUACAUCCAUUCCAAUUUCUCGGCCCAGCUGAAUAAAAGCUUUGUAAUACCACAACCUUGCCCGGAUGUAUUCUGGUUCCAAAUCGUUACCGAUGCCUUCUGCGACGAUCUGGUGGCCAUUAUGGAAGCGCACGGUGGCUGGUCCGAUGGCAGCAAUUCGGACAAACGAUUGGAGGGCGGUUAUGAGGCUGUACCUACUCGGGACAUACACAUGAAACAAGUGGGCUUGGAUGAGCUCUAUUUGAAGUUCUUACAGUUGUUUGUGCGUCCAUUGCAGGAGCGUGUCUUUGAAGGCUAUUACCAUAAUCCACCACGCUCCUUGAUGAACUUUAUGGUGCGUUACCGACCCGAUGAGCAGCCCUCGUUGCGUCCACAUCACGACUCCUCCACGUAUACGAUUAAUAUUGCCUUGAAUCAUGUAGGCAUCGAUUACGAGGGCGGCGGCUGUCGCUUUUUGCGCUAUAACUGCUCCGUAACAGAAACGAAGAAAGGCUGGAUGCUGAUGCAUCCAGGACGCUUGACGCACUUCCACGAGGGGUUGCUUGUCACCAAUGGUACGCGGUACAUUAUGAUUUCGUUUAUUGAUCCGUAGAAGCGGCAGCGAAAUAAUUUUCUGUCCUUAAUAAAAGUGCUACUACUAUUUUCUUACUGCCAUAUUGGCUACUCCAAAGAGUAAUCUGUUUAAGUCUGAUAUAAGUUUUUAUACUAUACAUACAUUUACGAAAGUGGGGAAAAAUAAAAUAAACUUGAAAUACUUAA